AUGGCGCUGCCGCUGGGUGAGGGCGUGGGCGGGAGCCGGCUGCGGCGGCAGCUGGAGUCGGGGGGCUUCGCGGCGGGCGAGUACGUGAAGCAGCUGUCGCAGCAGUCGGACGGGGACCGGGACCUGCAGGAGCACCGGCAGCGCAUCCAGGCGCUGAGCGAGGAGACGGCGCAGAGCCUCAAGCGCAACGUCUACCAGAACUACCGCCAGUUCAUCGAGACGGCGCGCGAGAUCAGCUACCUGGAGAGCGAGAUGUACCAGCUCAGCCACAUCCUCACCGAGCAGAAGGGCAUCAUGGAGGCCGUCACCCAGGCCCUGCUGCUGCAGGCCGACCGCGACGACCCCGCCCUGGGCGCCCGCCGCGCCGCCGCCGACCCCCACAGCAACCCCUUCCUCCCCCUGUCGGCCAAGGAGGCCGCCGCCAGCGAGGAGGGGCGGCAGCGCACGCUCACCACCCUGCUGGAGAAGGUGGAGGGCUGCCGGGACCUGCUUCCCGAGAGCCCCGGCAAGUACCUCGUCUACAACGGCGACCUGGUGGAGUACGACGCCGAUCACAUGGCGCAGAUCCAGCGGGUGCAUGCCUUCCUCAUGAACGACUGCCUGCUGGUGGCCACCUGGCUGCCGAACCGGCGUGGUGCCUACCGCUACGAUGCCCUCUAUCCCCUGGAAGGGUUGGCUGUGAUCAAUGUCAAGGACAACCCGCCCAUGAAGGACAUGUUCAAGCUGCUCAUGUUUCCCGAGAGCCGCAUCUUCCAGGCCGAGAAUGCCAAGAUCAAGAAGGAGUGGCUGGAGGUGCUGGAGGAGACCAAGCGGAACCGCGCCCUCAGUGAGAAGCUGAGGCUGGAGCAGGAGGCCCCGCCACGGACUGCUCCGCCACCUCCUGAGGCCACCAAUCCCUUUGACAGAGAAGAUGAAAAGGAACCCCCACCUGAGGAGGAGACAGUAGAUCUGUCCCUGGAGUGGAUCCAGGAGUUGCCUGAAGACCUAGAUGUCUGCAUUGCCCAGAGAGAUUUUGAGGGGGCAGUGGACUUGUUGGAUAAGCUGAAUGAGUAUUUGGGAGAUAAGGUCAUGAGCCAGCCAGUGAGGGAGCUACGAGCCAAGGUAGAUGAACGAGUCAGGCAGCUCACCGAUGUGCUGGUGUUUGAGCUAUCUCCCGAUCGGUCAUUACGAGGUGGUCCUAGGGCCACUCGCCGGGCUGUGUCCCAGCUCAUUCGCUUGGGCCAGUCUACCAAGGCAUGUGAACUUUUCUUGAAGAACAGGGCAGCUGCUGUACACACAGCCAUUCGUCAAUUGCGCAUUGAGGGUGCCACUCUGCUCUACAUCCACAAGCUUUGCCAUGUCUUUUUUACCAGCCUGCUGGAGACUGCCAGGGAGUUUGAGACAGACUUUGCUGGUAACAGUGGCUGUUACUCUGCCUUCAUUGUGUGGGCCCGCUCGGCAAUGAGGAUGUUUGUAGAUGCCUUUAGCAAGCAAGUAUUCGACAGUAAAGAGAGCUUGUCCACUGCUGCUGAGUGUGUGAAGGUAGCGAAGGAGCACUGCAAGCAGCUCAGCGAGAUUGGGCUGGACCUCACUUUCAUCAUUCAUGCCCUGUUGGUGAAGGAUAUCAAAGGAGCUUUGCAGAGCUACAAGGAUAUCAUCAUUGAGGCCACCAAGCAUCGCAACUCUGAAGAGAUGUGGAGAAGGAUGAACCUGAUGACCCCAGGGGCUCUGGGAAAACUCAGAGAGGAGAUGAGGAGCUGUGGAAUGAGCACUUUUGACCAAUAUACUGGUGAUGACUGCUGGGUGAACCUUAGCUACACUGUGGUGGCUUUUACCAAGCAGACUAUGGCCUUCUUGGAGGAAGCACUCAAGCUUUAUUUCCCAGAGCUGCACAUGGUUCUACUGGAAAGCCUAGUGGAGAUUAUCCUUGUGGCUGUCCAGCAUGUCGAUUACAGUUUACGGUGUGAACAGGAUCCUGAGAAAAAAGCAUUCAUCAGGCAGAAUGCAUCUUUUCUUUAUGAAACUGUCCUUCCUGUUGUGGAGAAAAGAUUUGAGGAAGGGGUUGGAAAGCCAGCGAAGCAACUACAGGAUCUGAGAAAUGCUUCAAGACUGAUGCGUGUAAAUCCUGAAAGUACAACUUCUGUAGUAUAAAUGAAAUCCGUAUGUUCUCUUCAGAAGUCUACAGUGUACUUUCAAUAAUGUUGUCUAUGAAGAUAUAUUUUGUAAAUCUUUUCCAAAUCCCUGAAAGCUGCAAAAUUCCAUCUGCAACCUUGUUUUAACUAAAGAUUCAUAAACCAAAUCUGAAAACAAGGAAGGGAAAGAAAAAUCAAAUAAUUAAGGAGAAAAAGCAUUGGAGUCAUAUAAUCUUAUAUUGCAUGUCUCCUUUCCCCAUUAAUAGCCUCUGUUGUGAUGUUUUAUAUUCUGCUUUGGGCCGAAUAAAAUAUUAGUGAAAUAUCUA